AGCAUGAUUUCUUCAUUCUGCAUAAUCAUAUAGGACCCAUUGAUAAGAGGCUGGGGACCUUAAACACGGAUUGUAUAUUCCUGUAGAUAGAUUAUUUUAGUUGCAACCAGAAAAACAUAGGGUUACUCUGUUAGCAGGACUAUCUCUGUUGUUCCAGACCACAUCAAAAGCCAUGAGGUUGCCUUGCAAGCUCCACAGAAUAGAAAAUUCCAAAGCAAGGCAGUAGAAAGAAAGAAACAGUCACUGAAAGAUACAGUUCUCAUCCUUUUCCCUUCGCCUCUUACAGAUCUACCUCGCAUUCUUGUCCAUCUACUGCUUCAUAUUCACUCUGGCCUAUUCGACUAACCUAACAGCUUUCCUGACGGUGGAGAGGCCUCCAGUCGGAAUGGAAGCCAUCAAAGAACUUCCACAAUCAGGAGUCUUCGUCAUUGGUGUGGAUAAAUACUACCAGGAAAUGCUUCGCUCUUCUCCAGACACAAAUCUCCAGAUUAUGGCCGACAGCUACCAGGUGCACCAGGAAUUUGAGGAUAUAUUCCGACUGGUCCAAGAGGGGAAAGGCGUCUUCAUCGAUAAUCACGGUUACUUGGAAUACACAAUUAUUACAAAAUUCACAAAAAGGGGCGUGGCUUCUCUGCGGAUAAUGAAGGAAUGUCUGUCCUCUCACCCAGUAGCCAUGGCACUCCAGAGACACUCACCACUGAAAGGAAAGAUUGACAAGAUCAUUGGUAGGCUUCUGUCUGGCGGACUCAUAAGAAGAUUUUUCCUCGACUCCAUACGUCUGGCAGCAUCAGCACAGAACUCGGAGGGAGGCACGGAGGAAUCGAACUCAGACGGCAGGAAAGAGAGCACCAGCGUCCCGUUAAGCCUGGACCACAUGCAAGGCAUCUUCUUCAUCUGCGCCAUAGGAUGGCUGGUCUCGAUCGGUGCCUUUCUCGUGGAGUCUAUGUCGUCUGCUUCGUUAUUCGAAGAUAAUCGCGAAGGGGCUUUCGUUAAUGGGUGAACAGGCAACCGUUCCUCUCUACUGUAUACAAUCGAUUGUCAUUAUCUCUCUCUCUCUCUCUCUCUCUCUCUCUCUCUCUCUCUCUCUCUCUCUCUCUCUCUCUCUCUCUCUCUCUCUCUCUCGCUAUUUCUUGUUGCCAGGUCGAUAAGCAGUGACAGUUGAUUCAUUGAUUUAAAUUGAACUUUAUUCCGUAGGGAAAACAUUCACAUGAAAAUAACAUAAAUACUUUUGUUUCGAAUUAAACUACAUCUGAGUUGAAACACUGACGAACAACUUAUGGUGAUGAUAUUUCGUGAAGCAGGAUUACAUAAUGAUUAUGGCUACGCUUGAAUCGAAAACCUUGUUUAUUUCUCAAAGAUGUACUGUAAUUAAUUGUUAUCCCCAAUAAACU